UCGUCCUGUAACUGUAGGAGGAACUCUAAACGACUAGAAACUGAAAGUAAGAGCCGGAGCAGACAAAACGUAGCAGAAAGAAGUUAAAAUGCGUGGCCGGUGACAUUAUCUCACCGUUUAUAGUGUUAUUUAAGUCGUAUCGAUUAUUUGAUGGGAAACGUUCAUUUCUAGAGCGUCUGUGUAUUCCUAAACCCAAUCUUUAGUACAUGUGUUAGCAUAACUAACCGCCGAGAGCGAGUGCCUGUAUGUCAAACUAAACGUUAACGCGGCGGAAUCUUUUUUUUCUGGACGUAAAGUUAUUGCGAUAAGUAAGUCGUAAAUAGUUUCUAAAAAAUAAGUUUUUAUAGCAGAGGUGUGUGAGUGUCUUACAGCCACGCCAUGGACCCGGACACCGAAGUUGCAAGCAUCUUAAGGCAGGGGAGUGAGGAGGAGGAUGAGGAGGAGGAGGAGAAAAAGAGGCAGAGACCGCCCUCCAGCUAUGGUUCGAUGAAGAGUGACAGUGAUAUGAUGGAGGAGGAGGAAAAUGAAGGAGAGGGUGCAGAGGCCAGCGCUUCCCAGUGUUAUCCAGUGCUACAGGAAUCGACUACUCAUGACGCGACAGGGUUGCAGAUGAUUCGCUCAGAGUCUCCAGAGACCCUCUACACAAUGACCACGCAGCAGACCCAACCACCAGGAGCAGUUGUCAUUGACACCAGGUCUUCUGAUCUGGGGGAUCAUUCAGAAGAAGAUGAUGAGGAGGAUAUGGAUGACCUUUUGGUAACUCAUUCCCCAGAACCACCUGAGCCAGUUGAACCAGAUGACAUAUUUCAGACUGAUGAGAACGGCCAGCCUGGCAGACUACACCCGGAACAGGACCUGCCUCACAUUUUCAAGUGCAUCCAGAGUAGUGUGACAUCCCUCACUAAGGAAGAGCUAUUCAAAUUUAAGAUGUGGUUUUACCAAUGGGAACCAGGCAUAACGCUGCAGCAGGUGAUGGAGGGAGACCUUCUCGAUUUUGUGGACAGGAUCCUGGAGAUCCUUGGCCAGGAUCGCUCCCUGUUGCACACUAUAAGUACCCUUGAAAGUGUCAACCAGAAACCGAAGGCAGACGAGCUACGGAAUCAGUGCAAGAGAGCGAUGAUCCGUUUUUAUUUGAAGCAAUAUUUAAUCAGAAAACACCAAGUCAUCCGUGAGGGUGUUGUUCGAGCCGGAAGGCAAAAUCUUCUAGAUACCAUCUACGUUGAGCCCCAGAUUUCCACCUGUGGUUAUGGAGGAAUUGACCCCUCCCAUGAGUUCCGACCCCACCCUCCGACACCUGUCCAGGUCCCCGGUGCCGACACCUUCAUUAGCGUGAACAAUCUGUUCCGACUACAGACGGAUGAUGGCAGGCCGGUGAGAACGGUGCUGACCACUGGGAUACCAGGAAUUGGCAUGUCUGUCUCUGUGGGGAAAUUCUCCCUGGAUUGGGCAGAACUGCGUGCCAAUAAGGACCUGCAGUUUGUCAUCAAACUUUCGUUCCGAACUUUCUGGCUUCUGCGUACCAACAACCCUCUUCCUUCAGAAAAGAUGUCCAUCAUGGAAGUGAUAGAAUAUUAUCAUCCCGAGUGCAAAGGCAUGAAAUACCUGGAGGAAGAGGACUGUAAAUUUCUCAUCAUAAUGGACUCGUUUGAUUGUUACCAAGCGCCCCUGGAUUGGGAGAAUGCUCCAGUAAUAAAUGACAAUUACACCCAAGCACAUCCGGACGUCUUGAUUGUGAAUAUCAUCCGAGGCACUGUGCUUCGUGGCGCCCGCAUCUGGAUCCUGGGGAGACGGGCAGCUGUCUCACAAAUACCAUCUCGACUCAUAGACGUUGUCACAGAAAUACAGGGCUUUAGUGAUGAGAUGAAAGAUGACUACCUGACAAAACGCUUUUGCGAUGCACAACAAGCAGCAGAUAUCGUGGCACACUACAAGCGCCUGCCAACACUCCAAAUACUCGCUCGCCAACCCUUUGUCUGCUGGAUGGUGGCCACUGUGUUCGAGCGCUGCUACCGUUAUCAGGGCUACGGGGUGCACCCACCCAGGCUGACGCCGUUCUACGUCAGCAUUUUGAUCGUCCAGACCAAUCGCAGGCUGCAGUUCUACUAUGGAAAGGCGGAUAAUGACCUAAAAUGGUCCAGUGAUGACAUGCACCUGCUGACAAAGCUGGGGAAGAUGGCGUUUAAGAUGCUGGAAAGGAACAUCAGUGUGUUCUGUGAAGAGGACUUGAAGGAGUACGGGCUGAAGUUGACGGAGGUGACGGUGUUCUCCGGCAUGUGCACUGAGCUCCCCACCGCAGCCUCAGAUGGAAGGAGGAUGUACUGCUUUAUACACUUCACCUUUCAGGAGUUCAUUGCCGCUCUGUAUGUCUUCACGAUGUUUCGCUCAGAGUCUAAGAACGUUCUGGACUCUGGGGUGGCAUAUGCCCAAGUUCUUCAGCCAAAGGAUCACACCAAAUCAGCAGUAGGGCUUGUCCAGUGUGCCCUGGACGAACCCUCAGCUCCGCUGGGCCACUACGACAUGUUCCUGCGCUUUUU